GCAUUUGAGUUACACCAUAUUUGAGAGAUUAAUUUUUAAGAACUUUUGUAUAAGAAAAACAUUAAAAAGAACAAACUAUAAUGUUAUUCAGACACAGAUUUGCGACAAAACUACGGCACACCAUUUGAAGAACAAGCUAAAUCCAAAUCCCAUAGACUCGUCCUUCAUCCUAUCUUCUCCGUCCAAUUCAAGGAGGCACAAAAAUUGCUGAAAUGGGUGGUGGCUAUGAUGAAGUACUAUCAGCUACUUAUCAGUAGAAUUGAAGAAAUUGGAAAGCACUUAUCAGGAUUCAAGUAUUCAUUGUUCAACUACUAUAAUACACUUUAAGACAAAAUCAACACGCUUUAUAAAUAUGGUGUGAAAGGUGAAACCGUGAAAGCAUAGCGUGCUUCUCAAAUUCUGUUUUCUUUAAUGUUGUUAAUCUGGUGCAUCAUAUAACACCGUUUGGGAUCCAAGCUCAGUUGUAAUUGAAGGAACCUCACACUUGGUGGGGUGGGAAACCAUAUACGACUAUGCACAACGCAUAUUUUUCUUCAACCAUAUAUGGUGUUAGAUGCAAAGAAUCGUUCCCUUUAUCUUUCAAUGGUUACUCAAACCAAUGGUAUGAAAGAUUUGACAGAACCUCGUCACAGUGUUCGUCAUGCCACGGUUGUUGUGACUGUUGUGCUCUUUCCACCUAUAGAGUACCCGUAAAGCCUUGUAUUCUAAAUGGGUUGAGGCAGUCCACUCUCCUUCAAUUAUCAGCAUCUAGAAAGUUAGUUUUCAGAAGCGAAGACCUUUACGUUUCUCGGGUUCCUUAUGGUCUUGUCAGAGGCUCUUAUGAGCUUAAGUGCUCUACCAAUGAGAGAAAUGUUUGCAAUACAAGUAGAAGAAGCAGAAUAAAGGAAAGAUGCGUUUGCUCAGCCUCACAGAAAGGGAGAGAAAAUUCCCCUUCAUUUGCUUCUGAUGAUUCUGAAUUAGUUCUGAGUUUUUUGAUUGAGGAAGCAGAUAAAGAUGCUACAGGUGUCAAUUCGAAUAACGUGUCUUCAUCCAAGAGAAUGGAAGCCGAGAAGAAGAGAAACAAUGUGAGUAGAGAGAGACAUCUCAAUUUGAGUGAGAAAAUAAAAACAAAGAAAAAAGGAAAUUUGAAGAAACAUGAAGUAUCCUCCAUAGACUUGAGAAGAGAGUGUGAAAAAUCUGACACUGAAAGGAAAGCCUUUACAAAAGGUGAAAACAGUAGGAAACAAAGAAAUAUGUCCAGUUGUUCAUCUUAUUACACGCUUUCGUCAGGAGAUUUCGAGAGCGACAUGGAAGAGCAGCAUGAUAUGGGUUUGGAAGAAUUUUCACAGGCAUAUGAGAAUGAUGAAGCAAACCGUGUGGAGGGAAAAGUAAAGGAAGAAUUCAACAGGCAAAGAGUUGAACCAAAGAAGGUGCACAACGUUUCAAAUAAAGAAAGAAUUGUAUCUGGUGCGGAUAUCGAUUGGAAUAUAAGAAAGAAAUCUGAAAAAAAGCUGACUGAGGGAACCGUUCAGGAAACUCAAAGCACAAGACACCAAGAUAUGCAUUCAAAAAGAUCUACAAUACAUGACUCUGGUUAUGGAAAGGCUUCUAUUUCACAAAAGCAAGUCCAUAGUGAGGAAGAUAAUUCAUCUUUUGUAGAACAUUUGGAUAAGAAAAGAAACAAGGCUUACAUUCAAACAGGAAACAGAAGAAAGCAUCAAUCUUCACAUGCACAAGAGUCUGGUCGUGAUGAAAUUGAGACAACUUCAUUAUCAAGAAAGAAAUUCAGUGGCAGCGAAGAGAACCUUGAAAUAUCCAACACACUGUUUAAGGAAACAAGUGACAAACAUGAAAAGUUUGUUGGUUCUACUUCUACCACUGGAAUGGAAAGUUUGAAAUCAAAGAAGACAUUUGGUGGCAAGGAAGCGAAACUUGAGAUGUCAGAAACACGUUUACAGGAAACAAGCGAUAAACAUAAAAAAUUUAUUGGUUCUAACUCUACCACAACAAACGACGUCAUAGAGAGAAGUUCCCAGAAAUAUAUAGGAAAUUUAAAAAUUGAAGACACUGAAAAGAUCUCUGAUACUAGGAUGAAGAACACGGGGGAGAAAAAGUAUUCAGUUUUGGGUUCUACUCAGGGAGUGGAGCUACAACACCAUAAAGAAGAGACGAUCAUUGCACACGAUAAAGACAGAAGAAGAAAAUCCCAACAGUUUUCUGAAGUAUCACAAGUUCAUGGGAGUCAUGUUGAAGAUACUUCUAUUCUGAAGUCUAAAAUUAGUGUGAAGAACCAGGAAGAAAGAUCAUACUUAAGCUCACAUGCAAGGGAUACACGGCUACAAACUGAUAGAAGGAGAACUCAGAGUGUUCAACAUAGCAAAGGAUAUGAACAUGUCAGCACUUUAUCAGAAGGCUGUGCCAGUGACGAAAAGCAAGUUUCAAGCUCUCAAAUAACUUCCGAGAAGAAUAGAUUUAUUCCAAAAAGUAAAUCAGCAUCCGCUGUUAAAACUAGAGAAAGUUCUUCCCAAACUGAAGAAAGGAUUUUUCAAUUUGCUAAUGACCAGCAAAGACAUAUAACUGAUGAAACUGUCGCAAGAGAGAAAUCCAGCUUCCGGGGAUCAUUAAAUUCAGUUUCCGAGACUGGAAAACAGGUUAUAUUGGCAGAAAGUGAUGAAAGGAGUUCUGAAAUAACGUUGAUCCCUUCUUCCCAAAGGGGUAGAGUUUCAGGUCAUAUUGAACACACAGAAGAGUUUGCAAGCCCUGAUAUCUACCUUGAAACUUCAGAAAGUGGCUCUUCUGCUCUGUAUGGCCAUUCAGGAAGAAGUCCGGCUAUGUUUUCAGGACCACAUUCCCAAUAUGGAAGUGAUAAGUCAUAUAGCGAGCCUUCUAUUGUCAUGACCCCAGAAGAUGUGCUUGGUUCAGCUAAUCGUUUAGAGGAAUCAUCAAAACAGUUUGUUGAUGAGUUCGUGGAAAGGGUCCGGCAUGAAGUCACAACUUCAGAAAGACAGGAGAUGGAAGUUGCUAGAACACAGUUGGCCAUUGAUAUUGAGGAUAAUCAGAUGCACAGUUCAAGGCAACAAGGCACUCAAAAGGACUCUCAGUCAAAGAGUCAUGAUUCUAGCCGUUCCACUGGGUCUCUGGGUGCCAAAGGAAUUUCUGACGAAAUGUGGGAUGUAAAAGAACCAUCUGUUGGGCAUGGUCGAUUAGCUGAAGAACCAGAGAUCAACAAUGAAACUGCAAAACCAAUUGUCAAUAGAACAGGAAGGUCCCUAUGGGGUGUGAUUUCUGAUAUUGUUCGAUUACGUUGGAAUUCACGUGCUAGCUCCUCCACUUCUGCUGGGAGAUCAGGGAGAAACUCACCAAAAAAAUCUGACAGUGAGGCAUGGUUUUCUGGGCAAGAACACGAGGAAACUGGUAAAAGUGUGCUACCACAAGCCAUGACUUUUGAUAAAUCAAAACCAGAUACUCGUUAUACUCGAAGUGAGGUAGACGUGUCUGACACUGAAAUAUUGAAGCACAAAGGAAAACGUAUUGAAGUUGGAUCAUCUUCUCCAAAUAAGUUGGAAAGUGAGGGAGACUUGUCUGGCACUGAAAUAUUGAAGGACAAAGGAAAACAUAUUAAAGUUGGAUCAUCUUCUCCGAAUAAAUUGGAAAGUGGAUCAACAUCAAUAGGCACCACAUAUGCUGCCGGAGAGGAGUUUUUUACUCCAACUGCAAUUGAAAAAGAUUUGCAAGCCACAACUUCUGGCUUUCAUAAAAUAGAGUCGCCAAUUCCAUCAUUAUCUGUUAGAGGACAACCUAUUGCAGGAGAAAUUGUAAAUACUGGUGGAUCUAACAUUUCCAGAACUGAAUCAGUGGUGUCAAUAAAAGAACCCGUUGCUCCAGAGAAGAUCGAAUCGUCAGGCUCAAAGAGAACGGAUGGAGAGUUGAAACAAAGGAAGCUUCAGCGGAAAGGGCAGGUUUUAAGAGAUAGAUUCGAUGACUGGGAAGACGCCUAUAAAGUUGAAUUUGAGCAGCGAAGAAUUGAUGAAUUGUUCAUGAAGGAAGCACUUUUGGAAGCCAGAAAGGCUGGUGAUACUUGGGAGGUCCCUGUUGGUGCUGUUCUUGUGCAACAUGGAAAAAUUAUAGCUAGAGGAAGUAACUUAGUAGAAGAGUUACGAGACUCCACAGCCCAUGCAGAGAUGAUCUGUAUACGAGAAGCUUCAAAACUUCUCAACUCAUGGAGACUAUCAGAAACUACACUUUACAUUACGCUUGAACCCUGUACAAUGUGCGCUGGUGCCAUUUUUCAAGCAAGAAUAGACACUGUUGUGUGGGGAGCUCCUAAUAAACUUCUUGGAGCUGAUGGUAGCUGGAUUAGACUGUUUCCUGAUGGAGAAGAAACCUCAGAAGCAAGCAAUUUACCUCCUGCACCAGUUCAUCCAUUUCAUCCGAAAAUAAAAAUACGAAGAGGAGUAUUGGCUACAGAGUGCGCGGAUGUAAUGCAGCAAUUCUUUCAACUGAGAAGGAGAAAGAAGAAAGACGAUCUUCCUGUUGUUACUCGCCGCCACCAUCCUUCCAAGUUACUUAAUAAGUUACAUGACAUCUUUCAUGUAAUGUGUAUGUAAGAGAGCAGGUUUACAUCAUAUUUGUGUUUGAAAUGAGCAUCAGAAAUGAGUUUUUGUCAUAUUUGUUGUACUAGCACAAAUUUAUUUAUUUAUUUAUUUAUUUGUCAAAUUUGAUGAAUAAUAUAAUAUUUGUAUUCUCUCGAGUCA